ACUCUUCCACCAGUCAGUAUUUAUAGUGCGGAUGUUGGUCAAAGCCGCUGUCUGGCCGUCGUGGUAUAUUGUUUGGAGUUAACAGGUCUAAAAUGGUUCACAGAGACGAAAUAUUAAAACCCAUAUGGCACGCGUUCAGCGCGCUGGAUUUGGACCGGAGAGGAAAAGUGUCCAAGUCUCAGCUGAAGGUUUUGUCACACAACCUGUACACAGUGCUGAAGAUCCCACAUCAAAACUCUGAGCUGGAGGAACAUUUCAAGGACGACGACGAGGGACCCGUGUCCACGCAAGGCUACAUGCCCUAUCUGAACACCUUCAUCCUUGACAGGAUCCAGGGCCAGUUUGAUUUCAUGGAGCUGAAUAAAAUGUGCUGGACGCUGUGUGCACCUAAGAACAUCACCACCAACCGCAUGCUCAUCUCUGACAACGACGCUUUCAAAAUCUGGUGCAUUUUCAACUUCCUGUCUGAAGACCGAUAUCCGCUUGUGAUCGUAACGGAAGAGAUCGAGUAUUUCCUGAGGAAGCUGAUGGAGGCCGUAAGCGGGAACUGGAACGAGGGCAGGUUUGCGGACUAUAAGGCUCAGCUGAGUUUGAAGCAGAAUUGUCUCAAUGUGUGGGAGCUGAUCGAGCUGGUGGGUAUGGGCUACUUCACCAAGGGCAUGGACCGUCAGACCACCAGCAUGGGCAUCUCCGAGGUCUUCCAGGAGCUCAUUCUGGAUAUUCUCAAACAGGGCUACAUGUCAAAAAAAGGCCACAAAAGGAAAAACUGGACAGAGCGCUGGUUCGAGCUGCGUCUCGGUUCGAUCUCGUACUACGUGAGCGAGGACUGUGCCGAGAAGAAAGGCUCCGUUUCGCUCGACCGACACUGCUGCGUGGAGCCUUUACAAGACAAAGAAGGAAAGAGAAAUCUCUUUAUUGUCAAAUGUCUGGACAAAAGCCUUGAGAUCAGCGCCUCGGACAAAAAGAAACGGCAGGAAUGGAUCCAGGCCAUCCAGGACUGUAUUAACCGGCAGAGGCAGGGCCUGUCUUCGCCCCACCGUGAGGCUCGACAACGUCGACGGGAACUGCGCAGUCGCCUGCAGGUAGAACAGGCACUGAUGGAGGGACAGAUGAAGGAGCUGCAGCUGGCCAAUGAGAAGAAACAGAGAGAGCUGGAAGCCAUGAGGAAGAAUCUGGACGAGGCAGCAGCGAGGGCCGUGAUGGAGGAGCAAAGGCGAAUUCGAACUCAAAAGGAGCUACAGAACAACUACAGAAUGGACCUGGAGAAAGAAAAAAUGGUGCGGCAGCAGAUGGAGGAGCAGGUGGAUCAGAUGUCCGGUGAGCUCAGGUUGUACCUGCAGCGUGUCCGGGAGCUGGAGGACAUGUACCGUCGCCUGGAGGAGGCACUAGAGGACGAGAGACAGAUGAGACAGGACGAGGAGACUCUGCGCAAACUGCAGGCUAGGUUGCUGGACGAGGAGGUGAGGAAGCGUGAUGAGCUGGAGAAGAUUCACCUGCAGCAGAAGCAAGCCAUCAGUCAGACACAGCAGGAGAAAGCACAGCUGGAGCAGCAGAGGGUGGAGCAGGACCGCGCCCUGCAGAUGGCAAUGCAACAGCUGGAGAGUCUCGAACAGCAGAGACAGGGGGCGCUAGAGGAGUAUGAGGCUGUGAAAAGGAAACUGGAGCAGGCGGCGAACAAAACCAAGAGCUGGAAGGAUAAAGUAGCGCAGCACGAAGGGCUAAUUCGACUGAUCCAGCCAGGGAGCAAAGGUCCUCAGAAAAUGACCAACUGGGGUGCGGCGGCGUUCACGGACAAAGAGCUGGAAUUGAGAGAGAAGAUUUGGCAAGAGAAAAAGAACAAGCCAGACAGUGCUGUAUAAUCUACAUCACAUCAGUUUUGUUACUAAAAUGGUUGUGCUUUUAUAUUUCUAAUAAUCCAUUACAUAGCACUGUGUAUUGCCGUGUAACAGUUCCAGGUCCAUAUAUGUUCCAUAUAUGUUUUUGUUUUAUUGUCCUACAGGUUUGUGAUAUCAUUGCUUUUCUUAAAAAACAUGUUGAUAGGCGAACUGGUGACUGUAAAUAGUCUCUAGUUAUGCAUAAGUGUGUGUAUAUGUGUGUGAAUGCUAUCCUUGAGAAACCAGCGUCUCAUUCAGGGUGUAUUCCCACCUCACCCCCAGUGUUUCUGCCCCAAUGUGACCCUGAUCAGGAUAAAACGCUUACUGAAGACGAAUGAAUGACCGAUUAAUCCGGUUAUCUCUUACAGCUUACAGAUCGAAUAAAUUGCAGCUGAAGUAACCAGAUCAAUCACAUGACGAAAUAAGACUUAUGGUGGGUUUGUGUCAUAAUUUUUCACAUUUUUUAAAAAUCAAAAUGAUUUUCUAUAUUUAGGAAAUAGCACUUAUAUUGUCAGGUGGAAAUCUCAUACAAUACACAAUAAGUGUUAGCAUUCCAGGAAGAACAGCUCGAAGCAAGAGGUUGUACGUGUAUGUCCAGUCUCGUCCACGAGAUGUCACUCUUGUUAUAAUAAAUCGUCCAGGAUCUUUCUGGAUCCUUCAGGAUCGUUCUCUAAACAUAUCCGACUCUGUGCACGAUAAGAUGGGAAAUAAUAAUAUACAGAUGGACUGUACUGGGCUCUUUGAUGCUGCAAGCUGCCACUAUUCAGAUGAUUUCAGCGAUGUUCUCACACUGAUAAAAGCUCCAUGAUAAAGGGGUUUCUCAUGUGUGUCACUGAGCCACUCUCCAGGGCUUAGAAAUAAAUAAACACAUAAGAAUGAUGUCUGUUUUGAUCCACUCAUUCUAUUGAGUCCUGCUCUUCUGCUUGCUCUGCAGAUUUCCGGAACUUUCUCAGCACUCUCUCAUUAUGAAGGUCU